UUUGGGUUCAUGUAACGACAAAAUGCCGUGGAUUACUGCAUUUUUUUUGGUUGGAUUCGUUCGUGUAAUCGAAUCACAAGAGAAAUGUAACAGCGGUUGGUUUGGAGAGAGAUGUCAAUUCCAGUGUCAUUGUUCUUCUUGUGAUCCAACUGGUCAGUGUAAAGAGAACAAAUGUGCUGUUGGUUGGUUCGGUUACAAAUGUCAAUAUCGAGAUCUUAUUAGUUCUAUUGCAACUCCCAACGCUAGCGUUGUCAGCUACAGCCCAUGGCUAGAUGGUGAUGACUUAACAUGCUACGUCAAUGAAGCUAUCAAAAAUGUUGUGGUCACUUUAUGGAAACAAGUUAAUUUUCAGUGGAUUCGGUUGGCAGUCAGUGAUCCUAACGUAGUAGACAAGUUCAACUUACACUUUGAAAAAGUUGACAUUCUCAACAAACGUUAUGAAUGCAGCAGGCAACGAUUUCAUCUGCUCAACUCACGUGUUGUAGAAAUACGAUGUGACAUGGACGAACUUUUUGACAGAAUUGUCCUGGAAGGAGAAGGAGUUACUAGCCUUUGUUCUAUUAACGUAAACGGAGGUCGUAAUGUCGCAAUGAAACAACCAACUGAGCAAACUUCCACCAAUGGUACAAACGUAGCUAGUAACGCUGUCGAUGGAAACUCAGACAGCAACUUCAACCAUGGGUCUUGUACUUUGACUAAUAAUGAAACUGACACAUCACCUACAUGGACUCUGACAUUUGAUGAGCCUAUGAUUGUAAACAGUUUUGAAAUAAUUACUAGAGAGGAUGAUCCUUGGAGGAAAUAUGUGUAUAAGUCGGCAAUACAAUUUUUUGACACGAAUAAUGAUAAUGUAUUGAAUUACACAUACUUGAUUUAUUGGUAUCCAUGGUAUCAAUUUAUCGUCAAUUUCAAUAAAGUGGCUCUAAAGAAGUUAAGUAUUACAGCACCAAAAGAAUCCUUUCCUACAGCCAUAUUAACUUUUUGUGAGAUCAACAUCUUUGGAGAUUGUCAGCCAGGUUAUUGGGAUUUGGAUUGUAAGAAGACAUGUGACACAAGAUGUCCUACCUCGUGCAGUGUUGUGGAUGGCUCUUGUACUACACGUUGCCUUGGUUACACCGAUGCUCCAUUGUGUACAAAAGAAUGCCCUCCUAACAAAUGGGGCGUGAACUGCCGUGAAAACUGCAGUGACAGGUGUGCCAAUAGAUUCUGUAACAACUUAGAUGGAUCUUGUACUUCUGGAUGUAACGGAUAUUCUGAUCCCCCGUAUUGUACUCAAGCUUGUACUAAUGGUCGCUAUGGACUCAACUGUGCCAGUCCUUGUAUCGAGACAUGUCCAGAUUGUGAGUCAUGUAUGGAAGAAGAUAACAAGCUCAAAGGAACAUAUUUUGGAAUAGGUUUUGGAGUUUGUGCAGUUUGUAUUCUUGUUAUUCUAAUAUUUGGAGUCAUUUACAUCAAAGUAAUACAUAGACGUUACAACAUCUGUAAACAAUGUGUCAUCUGGUGCACGGGUGACCAUGACGGCGUGGAAGUGAAACCAACAGACGCAGAGCCUAUCAAUGGAUCAGCUAAUGUGGACAUUGGUUCAUUAAGCACUGACAGGACAACAACAACAAACAUCUCUACAUCUGCUAGUGGUCGUAGUAUCAUCGAUGGCUAUGAUGUACUACAGGGAGGAGUGAACUCUGAUCCAUAUGACAUGUAUAGACCAUGUCCUCCGAUCCAACGAAGCACAUAGGCCAAGCCUAGAAAAUGUACCAGUUAAAAAAUAAACAAAAAUAAAUUACAAUUUGUUGCUAUGCAACUCAGAGAAUAAGAAGACUGACGUAUUUUAUGUAAGGAAUGUUUACUUCAACACAACCAUGUGCAGACACAACAUCGUUCACUACAUACGUAUUCAGUACACAUAUUGUUCACUAUACAUACAUUUGUUAAUACAUAUAGAUUGUUCACUACAUAUAGAUUGUUCACUACAUUCUAAUGGCUCAAUUUAAACACAUAGCUCAAUAUACACACAUUGUUCAUUUCACACACAUUAUUUACUAUAUUAACAUUGCUCACUACAUAUACAUUGUUCACUAUAUUAAAAUUUCUCACUAUAUUAACAUUGCUCACUACAUAUACAUUGUUCACUAUAUUUACAUUGCUCACUACAUAUACAUUGUUCACUAUAUAUAUAUAUAUAGGCCUAUAUAAUAUUCCAUUAACUUUCAUUUUUCACUUUUUAUACAUGUUUGUACUACCAAUGAAUUAUUUAUUAAUAUGCUACGUAAAGCUUGGUAAGUAAUACAAUGUUAAAGAUACAUAAAGAAAUCUGAUUUUCUAAUUUCCCUGUCAUAUGAAACUAAUUUGUCUGUACUUUCAACAUUGUCUGAAAUAAACUUUCAGUAAAAAGUUUUUCCAGUUCGAAUAGAAUUUAAAUAAAUAUUUUUUAUGG